AAGAGGGAGAAGGGAGAGAGAUAGAGAAGGAGAAGAAGAGAGGUGUGAGGCGCAACAUGGCAGCAGCAGAAGACCGCCCACCGACAUACCCCUGGCUUAAAGACAAGGUUUUGGGGACUGGUGGAUUUGGUACAGUAACAUUAUGGCGUCACAACGAUACUGGAGAAACUAUUGCCCUGAAAAAAUGCCGCUGGGGAACACCAGGAACUGGCACAGAAAAUAUCCUAACCCCAAAGCAUGUUGAGCGUUGGGAAAAGGAAGUAGAGAUCAUGAAUCGCUUAAAUCAUCAAGCAGUUGUGAGAUGUUUCCCAGUUCCCGAUGAGCUAACUGGGCCUCAGGGAGAUCUUCCCAUGCUUUGUAUGGAAUACUGUAGUGGUGGUGACCUUCGCAAGGUUUUAAAUAAGCCAGAGAAUUGCUGUGGUUUACGGGAAGCUGCUGUCCGUUCCUGCAUAAGAGACAUGACUGAAGCUGUGGCCUACCUUCACUCUAUGCGUAUCAUUCAUCGAGAUCUGAAGCCUGAGAACAUUGUUCUACAGGAUGUUGAUGGGAAAACAGUCUACAAACUUAUUGACCUUGGAUAUGCGAAAGAAUUAGAACAAAGCAGUGUCUGCACCUCCUUUGUUGGCACGCUCCAGUACUUGGCUCCAGAACUGUUCCUCAGCAAACGAUACACUUGCACUGUUGACUACUGGAGUCUAGGUCUUGUUACACAUGAAAUUAUUACAGGAAUUCGCCCCUUUCUUCCAAAUAUGACUCCAGUUGAAUGGAUGAAGCGUGUACGCACAAAGCAGUCCCAUCAUGUAUGUGUAUAUGAAGGUCGCAAUGGAGAAAUUCAGUUCAGUUCCCACAUGUUUCCAGAAUGUCAUAUCUCACAACCUCUGAGAACAAGAAUAGAGGAGUGGUUGCGCAUCAUGCUGGAGUGGGACCCUGUUUUGCGAGGCCAGGUGCUGGACGAGGGCGGGGCCAAGCAGUUUGUGGCUUUCAACAUGAUCAACGACAUUUUAAACAAGAAGGUGAGUUUGGGUUUAAAUUUUAGGGGCGAAGAACAUCUUCAGUUGAAUGGGGGUUGGCUGGAGACAAAAUCUAUCCCAGGGGGCCCCAACAUUUUCUGCAUCCAUGCUGGGUUCCCAGUCUUGGCUGGCUCCCCACCAAACCCCAUGUGUGUUGCACAAGCUCCUCCCCUCCCCUGCUUAGAGUCAGAAUUCUCUGAAAUUCUUCAUGAUGAAAGUUUUGUAAUUGUGUAUUCUAACUUAGGGAUAAUUCUAAUUAGAUUAACAGCUGGAGAAGACCAUUAUUGUAAUCUAAGAAGAAGGAAUAAAGAGCAGCGUGCUACACCACAUGAUAAUACAGACAUGUGCAAGUUGCUGCUACAAGCUUUGAGAAAAAGGGACAGAUUGCAACAAGAUCUUUAUAAACACGUAGAGAAACAGAGUGAAUGUUGCAGUGAAGUAGCUGCUCUCUCUUCACCAUUAGAAGCAGUUUUGCAAGAUGCAGCAAGAACCGCACAACACAUAUCUUCACUUCAGAAGCAACGCCAGAAGGACAUUUGGAAGAUCAUGGAAAUUGCAAUUAACCACAGCCGUACUGCGGGGACAGCAGCUGGAAUGGCCCAGGCGCCCCAGACCAUUCCAAAUGCUUCGCAGUUGCCAAAGAAACCCCCAUCACCAGCAGUCUUGAGCUCACUCAAUAAUUUGCUUGAAAAGUCAAAGAAGGAAUCAGAUGCCAUUAUAGCUGAAAAUCGUGCUCUUCGUUGCCAGAUGGUUGAGAUGCUCUCAGGAAAUGUAAACUCCAACCUUGUAAUAGGCGCAGCCAGGUCUCCAACUGGCCUGAGCCCUCCAGUCACAGCAGAUGGCCUCAUGCUGCCACCAGCCUUGCCUGAGAAGAGGACUCCUUCCCCAACCAGUCAAGCAGCACUGAAUAAGAAGGCAGUUGAAACUUCCUUGUAGUCUUCUGCUGAUAUAUUAUGGAGAAUUUUAAAUAUUUAUUUUAUAUUCUUUAGGUAUCUCAGUUAGUGAACCAGCUCACUGACUAGAAGACUGAUGAUAAUACUUUCUGCAAGUGACAGAUGUGGAGUAUCUGCUUAAUAUAAAGUAGGAAAAAUUGUGUCCAGUAUGGAGAUAUAUCACCAUUAAUCUUGUACCAUAUAAUUUAUUUACAAUAUAUUCUACAUAUACAGUUUAUCAGUUAUGUAAUUAUAUUGUUAUUUGAAAUAUCAUACUAGAGAUUUAUAUGCAGCAGGAACUGCUUUGUUAUGUCAGUUGAACUCCUGUGGAAACGAGAAGCGCACACACACAGACACACACACUCACUCACUCACGCACUCACACACACUCUCACUCUUAUAUGUGAAUGAUUCGAUAACGACUCUGUUCUAGAAAAAAAUAGAGACUUUUUUAUGAUGGUUAAUUUUAAAUAGCUAAUGUGUGAUAUGUGCUUCACAUCGUAUGUUUUGGGCUUUUUCUUUUUUUCUUUUCUCAUUUUUUCUUUCUAUCUUCUUCCACACAUUCAUUAUUGCUGUAAAAAUAUUCUAGACAAGAUUGGGGAUUGCUAGGUAUUCAACUGUAUGUGACUUAACUUAGAGUGUUCUUGCUGGCUUUAUUUGAAAUUUAGCAGUUCUUAAGUUAAGGAAUGUUUCUUUUCUAUGCAGGAGAAUAGAGGUCAGUUUGAUAAUUUAUGAAUAUCCAUUAUAAAAUUAAUAACUGAAUGGAAUGCUUUACAUUGCUGGUGAAGGUACAGUUUGAUGAAUCACAAAUAGUUUCUAGCUUUUCUUCACUAACCCAUAGAUCAACUUGCCCACUGAAUCUUUAAUAAAACUGAGAAAAAGCAAUUGUAAGCAUACCAUUCUGCUUAUGAUUUUUUAGCCACAAAGGUGACAUUUAGUUCAAAUACAUGUGACAUACAAUAUAUGCAUUUCUUUGUAUUAAAAUUACACUGUUUUUCUACACAUCAGCAUACCUAGUGAAUGACAAUGUUUUAUCAGAUUUUUUUUUUCAACUUUUAAUUCAAAAGUUGCAUUGCAUUGAUCUGAGAACCUAUGUCACAUAAACAGCAGAAAGUGCCUUUCUAAAAGUAUUCAUUUAGGAAAUGAUUAUGCCAUAAGUUUAUAAAGAAAAAUGAGAGAAAAAAAUCAAUAAAAGUUACAGUCAGAAAGUAGAAGCUCAAUUUUUGUGUUCUAUUCUAUUUAUUUCAUUGCCUAAAAAGGUGCAUAAUAAGUAGGUGCCAAUUUGUUUCUACUGUUUGUAUUUCCUCUAUUUUAAAGCCAAUUUGUGCAUGUAUGUCAGGGUGCUUGUUUGUGAGUUUGAGUGCAUCAUUGUAUUUGUACAUGUUAUUGAUGUGGGUGUAGAGAAAGAGAUAAGAAUGAGAAUAAAUGUCUUCACAGAGCAAGCAAUGUCUUUGACUGGUUUUGACUACAUCUUCAUCAGAAAUAUAGAUAUUUCUGACAAAGAUAUAGUUAAAACCAGUCAAAUACAUCUCUUGCACUGUGAAGAUAUUAAUUCUCAUUCAUACCUUCUACAUUUGUUGCAAUGAACACUGUUAAUUGUGUGGAUAUGUUUGUGUAUGCAUGUAUAUGUUUGUGUAUGCAACUGCAAUUGUGUCUGACAGAUGUAAAUGAAAUGACUUCAUUACCAGGUCACUCCAUACUUAAAACAGAUUUAUACAAAUAUUUUUAAAAUGUUUCUUUUGUCACAAAUGAUCUGUAAUGCAAUUGCUAUAUUAUAUUUCUAUUUUAGUUUCAUUGGUAUAUGUGUAGCAAAAGGACUGAUACUUAUAUUUUCUUCCUGAAACUGUAGGAUAUGUAAUAAUUCUAAACAUGUAGAUUGUAUGCAUGUGGUAGAUUUUUUUUUUUUUUUUUUUUUUUACUAGCUGAUAUUAUUUUGUGGAUACAUAAUAAUGACCAUUUUUUUUUGGUGUCUGUGAUACCAAGUGUUCGGUAUACAUUAUAGUAACACAUUAUAGGUGCUUUUGCAAGAAUAACUCUACCUAGUCUUGAAUAUGAUGUAGGAGUGAAAAUUCAUGUUUUUCUUAAUUAAUCACAAAUCAACACUUUCACAUGCACACACCUAUUUCUGAUGAAAUGAGAAAAAUGUGUCAUUAUAUAAUAAUUUUCAGCAUAUAUGGCUUGUAAUUAGCUUGAAAUUAAGCAUGUUUUGUCAUCAUUUUCAUUGUUAAAAUAUGUAAAUCAUUUUAUUAAUGUGACAAGAAAAUCAGUUCACAGGUUCGGUUAAUGUACACCAUGGAAACAUGGGGUAGAACCAUAGUGAUACAUGUAAAUAUAGAUACUUGUAUAUGAAUUGUGACUGUAUACUUGAGUAUGUAACAUACAUUCUCAAGAAGAAAAAAUUCUUUGGGUUAUGCUUAACCCUUUCCCGCCGGGUAGUAUUCAUAGUGGCCCUGGCCUCGCUGCUGGGGGCUUAUAUCGUCACCCUAGCAUGCGCAAUCGCUCAUGCCAAAUGCCAGCAUCCCUUGCGAUUUCUUCGUAAUACUACGAGCAUAUAUUGUAUUUUCAGUUAUCAUUGUUUUCUAAAGUCUCUAUUUGCCAUAUUUCCUGAUAAAUCAAGACUGAAGGAUAUUUUUGUUGUUAUAUAGACU